AGUCCACCGCCUUCUCUGGUCAGUGGGAAGAAAGACCAAAAUGGCAGGGGGGGUUGGGCUGGUGGCCUUUGCCAGAGGUUGGCACUGGGAUUCACAGGAGCUUUUCAAAAGGACAGCCAGUGACUGGACCCAAAGAUGCCGCGGGAAAGGAAAAAGCAGCUGCCGUGGCCCAUAGGGAUCCUGGACUCGGGGGAUAGAGAGGAACAUAUGGCAGCUGUGGCUAGGGAGAGGAGACGGGAGACUCUCGAGGAGCCUGGGCCUCUGGUUCAUGAGUUUGGUAGCUUUAGAUCUAGAAGAGAACUUAAGUAGACUAGCUGAAUUCCCCCUCAUUUAACAGAAGAGAAAAUUAACUCGAAGAGGCCUCACGACACCCAGCUGUACCAAGAAGUGUCAAAGAACUGCUGGCCCAUUGUCUACUCUCCAAGAUACAACAUCACGUUCUUGGGCUUGGAAAAGCUCCAUCCAUUUGAUUCUGGGAAAUGGGGAAAAGUCGUUGGUUUUUUGAAAGAAGAAAAGUUCCUUACUGAUGUCAUGAUGGUGGAGGCCAGAGAAGCCACUGAGCAAGACCUGCGGGUGGUGCACACACAAAGAUACUUGAAUAGGCUGAAGUGGUCCUUUGUGGUAGCAAUGAUCACGGAGAUUCCACCAGUCUUCUGUCUUCCUAACUUCCUGGUGCAGAGGCAUGUUCUAAGGCCUCUAAGGACCCAGACGGGAGGAACCAUUAUGGCUGGAAAACUGGCUAUUGAACGAGGCUGGGCCAUCAAUAUAGGUGGUGGGUUCCAUCACUGCUCCAGUGACAGGGGAGGGGGAUUUUGUGCCUAUGCUGAUAUUACACUCUCUAUCAAGUUUCUAUUUGAACGAGUAGAAGGCGUCUCAAGAGCCACCAUUAUUGACCUGGAUGCUCACCAGGGAAAUGGCCAUGAGAGGGAUUUCAUGGACGACAGCCGAGUGUACAUUGUGGAUAUCUAUAACCGCAACAUUUACCCAGGGGAUGGUUUUGCUAAACGUGCCAUCAAGAGGAAGGUUGAGCUGGAGUGGGGAACAGGAGACACAUACUACCUGCAGAAGGUGGCUGAGCACGUGGAGGGGGCGCUGAGUGACCACAUGCCCCAUGUGAUGAUCUACAAUGCAGGCACGGACAUCCUGGAGGGUGACCCUCUGGGAGGUCUCUCUGUGUCUGCCGAGGGCAUCAUCAAGAGGGAUGAGCUGGUGUUCCGGGCUGCCCGAAGCCACAACAUACCGAUCUUCAUGGUGACCUCAGGAGGCUACCAGAAACAUACAGCACGGAUCAUAGCUGACUCCAUCCUCAACCUGUACAACCUGGGCCUCAUUGACCAUUCUGAGGCACUCUGAGGAGCCCAGCGCACUGUGUAAAUGACUGGGACCACCUAGAAGGCAGCCUUUGCCAUCCCUCUCCCGGAAAAAUUUUGUUUUCUAAAAAGCAGAUACAAUAGGCAAGACUUUAACCCUAGACUGGUGUCAGGGUCAGCUGCAAUACAACAGAUCUGGAGCCAGGGCCCUGUAAAGUGAAUUUAUUUAUUUUUUUUUACCACUUUCAAAGACAGCAGAAUGGAGGAAG